AUGUAUUUUAAAAUUAAAUUUUGCUUAUACUUUAAAAUCUUAUUGGCUUUAAUAAUAUGUCUAUUGAUUUCUGAACACAAAGCAAAUAUACUUAAUUUAUAUGAAGGUGACGUAUGUCAGUUAGGCAAGGACAAUUCUAUAAAUCAUGUCUGCAAACAACCAGAAAAUUGUUCGUCGUUAGAACAGCAAAUUAGAGGUCAGAAUUUUCCACAGAUAUGCUCGUUUACAAAAAACAAGCCAAUCGUCUGUUGUUCGCCUACAGAUACGAUCAACGCAACAAACUUCAAGCCGGCCUUAAACACCACCGAAGCUACAUCAUCAUACUCUGCCACUGAAAUGUGUCGCCAAUACUCGGAACUGGUGUACGUUAACGGACAACAACCCUCGUCUGGUGAGGGAAAGAAAACUCUUAACUGCUACAACGUGUUGACUUUGAUCGUUGGGGGCACUAAGGCCAAACCAAAGGAAUUUCCUCACAUGGCACUAUUAGGUUACGGAGACAUCGYGGAUGAGCAGAAGUUGUGGGGCUGUGGAGGUUCGUUGAUAAGCGACAGGUGGAUCCUGAGCGCGGCACACUGCACCAUUAAUUCUGGACGCACCGUGAGCUGGGCACGCCUUGGUGAUUUGAAUAUCUAUUCGGAACCCGACGACGCGAGUCCGGUCGACUACAAAAUCGUGGAGCGCGURGUGCACCCCAACUACAAUUCAACUUACGUGUACAAUGACAUAGCGCUGUACCGUUUGGAGAAGGAAGUCAAGUUUUCGGCGUACGUGCGACCUGUGUGCCUAAACACGGUCCAAAAUUUAAACUUCAAGGUGGCCACGGCCAUUGGCUGGGGACGAACCUCGACCAAUGGUCCGAUUAGUCCCGACCUGUUGAAAGUGGAGCUGUCGCCAAUAUCGAUUGGCCAUUGUAAGUAUAGUUAUCCUCAGAGUUCCAAUCCGAGAAUAAACUUUGGGAUUAUGGAAGACAGCAUGAUAUGUGCAGGCGACAUCAGGAACGGUAGCGACACGUGUACGGGUGAUUCUGGCGGCCCACUUCAAGUAAACCACCCCAACUACGCAUGUAUGUCUAGCCAAAUUGGUAUAACGUCGUUUGGUAAAUAUUGCGGCAAUAGGGACACGCCAGCUAUCUAUACCAGAGUGUCUAAUUAUGUUCCGUGGAUCGAACGGAUCGUUUGGCCGAAAAGUUGAACGUCCAAAAGUCCCGUCAGUCAAAAUAAUCAAUUUUUUUUUAUAUAAAAAAAAUAUGUAUAUAUAUAUUAUGUUUGAUAUAUCUUGUGGCGUAUGAUGCGUGCGAUAAUUAAGUAACACUAAUUAAUGGUACUUAACUCAACAUAAUAUCAUGUCGUAUACUUAUGUUAUAUUGAUAGUUAGCUGACUACAAUAAAUUUAAUUAAUUAAUUAAACAAUUAUAUUAUUACAAUGUAUCACAUUUUUACAUUAUGA